GCCGCGAGCCUCGUGCUCGGGAGCGAGGGCGCGGACUGGGGGACGGACAGCCGCGCGGUGGGGGCCGCGGGCUUCGAGGCUGCUCGGGCCGUGGAGGUGCGGCCGCGGACCGCGCCAGGGGGUGCCGCCACCAUUCGGCUGGGAGGCGCGGCCGAGGAGUCCGCCCCGACCCCCGCCGCGUCGCCCCGCGCGCCGCCCGGCGGGGCCGUCACCCUCUCGCUGGGCAGCGCGGGCGCUGGCUGGGCCACGAGCAGCGGCGCCGUGGGCGCCAGCGGCUGGGAG